AUGGCAUCAACUCCGCUGAACGAUUUCGAUUCCUGGCAAGUACCUGAUCUAAAGCAUUUUCUAUCAACGAAGGGAAUUACAUGUUCCAUCUAUCUGAAGAGACAUCUUAUUAAAUUAUGUAAAUUGGCGGUAGAAAUCAAUUUAGAAGAUCUAGACGUAAACAAUAAUGACUUUGGUGCUUUCGACGUGCAACGCCGAACAGUAAAUAAAGUUGUGUUACCACACAUUAAGGAUAUUUCUGUCGAUAAAUGGUCAUCAGAUUUGAAAACAUUACCUGACAUAGAGAUAGGAGAUGUUAUGGUGUGGCUUCUCCGUGUAGGAUGGGACCCCCCACGUUUGAAAAUGUAUAAACAGGACAAUGGCUACAAACUGUAUACCAGUUCACAUGUUGACAAUGUCAGACUUCAUUAUUUUGAAAAUGUAGCAUGCUUCUAUAUUAAGUGUCAGACAGUCCCAGAAACCAGGCAACAGGCAGCACCCUACCAGACAUGGAUUCUCGUCAAUGAGGGUGGACAAGUACAGUCAGGUGGAUGCUCGUGUGUUGCAAAUGAUGGUUCGUGCAAACACUGUACAGCACUUCUUUUUUCCCUUUGUUCAUUCAAUGAAAGACACAAAGACAGACACACACUAGUCGGAACUGAUGUCUUAUGCUCAUGGGAUAAACCACGCUCUGCAUCACGACCUGAAAAAAUUCAGAAUGUACAGGUUCACAACUCCAAUUCGACAGCUGAAAAUGAUCAACACGGCCCUUGUCAUACUGUAUACAACCCUUGUAAAGGUCUUCAGAAUGAACGUGAGAUUGAAAAAAAAUUAUUUGAUAUGUGCAAGGACUCUAAUUCACUUUUACUAGAAACACUUGACCCACCAUCUGAUUAUGAAGAUACUAGUGAGGAUAUUCCAGGAUUACAUGAAGUAAUCAAAGAGGCAAGUCUAAAGAAUAUUUCUGUAACUUCACAUUUACAAGCUGUAUUUAAUCCAGAAACCAUCUUGAGAAUAGCAGAUAUAACCAAGGAUCAGAGUACAGGUAUAUGUGAUGAAUGGAAAAGACACAGACAUGGACGUAUAACUGCAUCUGUUUUCUCAAAAGUGUUGCAUUUUCGAGGAUCAAAAUCUUAUGAAAAUUACAUUGUACGAGAAAUAAUGCAACUGGGGAGUGACAUAUCAAAUGUUCCAGCAAUUGCAUAUGGAAGAGAGAAUGAAGCUGUGGCUAGACAGUUGUACUUUGAUGAAUACAAGAAAGGACAUAAGUGUGCAAAAUUGAAUAACAUUGGAUUUCACAUUUUCACCGAAAAACCGUACAUGGGAGCAACUCCAGAUGGUUUAAUAAUGUGUAAAUGUUGUGGUAAAGGACUUAUAGAAAUAAAAUGUUCUUAUUCUCAUCAAAAUGAAACGCCAUAUGAUAUUGCAGGUGACUCUUCAUACCAUUUAUACAGAGAUGAAAGCAAUGGUAGUGUACAUCUUCGCCAUGACUCACCAUGGUUUAUCCAGAUUCAGGGACAAUUAGGUAUUCUUUCCCUUCCAUGGUGCGAUUUUGUUUUUUAUACCAAACGAGGAUUACUUACUGACAGGAUUUAUUUUGAUUGUGACAUUUUUAAUUCUAUUGUACAAAAGUGUACACUUUUCUUUGAAAGGUACCUUCAUAAUGCUUUGCUAUCACAGUGA